AUUAAUCUUCUACAUUUUGUAGAGCUCGAGCAAUUUGAGGAGGAAGAAGAAUGAGAAAAUUGUCUUCUGCUCCGUCACCGGAUGAUUCCCCUCCGCCGCAGCCUCCCUCGUCGUCCAAUUCUCCACCUCCUUCAACCUCUGAGAGUCCACCACCGCCACCGCCAGUAAAGUUAAAGAACAAUGAGGACGAUGGCUCUUCACCGCCGCCGCCGCCGCCGCCGCCGCCACCACCACCUCCGCCACCACCUCCAAAUAUGUGGUGGCGGUCAUCGCCUCCGGAGGAACUAACACCCCCUCCCCAUUCAAAAGCACAAGGCGACAUCAAUUUGCCCAUCCUCAUCGGGGCCGUGACAGGCUUAGGCCUCUUUCUAGUGCUCAUGCUCGGCCUCUGCAUAUGCUGCUUGAGGAAGAAGAAGAAGAAGCGCCAUGAUCCAACGCAACAUCACGCGGAAGACACUGAUGGCUUUUACAUCGACGGGCGAUCGCAAAUCGUGAAGCUCUCACCUCCUCCUCCUCCUCCUCCGGGUUCAUCGCCGCCGCCGCCGCCGCCGUCAAGCAUGGUGGCCGCCAGUGAUGCAAGCUCGGCCUACUCGGGGCCCCGUGGACCUCUCCUGCCUCCUCCCUCCCCUGUCAUUGCGCUCGGCUUCAACCAAAGCACAUUCACCUUCGAGGAGCUUGCAACUGCCACCAACGGCUUCUCGGAUUCGAAUCUAUUGGGGCAGGGUGGAUUUGGGUAUGUUCACAAAGGAAUCCUACCCAACGGAAAAGAGAUCGCCGUUAAACAGCUCAAGUCGGAGAGCGGGCAAGGCGAGAAGGAGUUCCGAGCUGAAAUUGAGAUCAUCAGUCGAGUGCACCAUCGCCACCUUGUUUCUCUAGUAGGCUACUGCAUUGCUGGUUCACAAAGAUUGUUGGUGUAUGAAUUUGUGCCCAACAAUACUCUUGAGUAUCACCUCCAUGGAGAAGGGCUCCCGGUGAUGGACUGGCCGUCGAGGCAUAAGAUUGCGCUAGGAUCAGCUAGAGGCCUCGCCUACUUGCACGAGGAUUGUCACCCUCGGAUUAUUCAUCGGGAUAUCAAGGGCGCCAAUAUCCUUUUGGAUUUCAAAUUUGAAGCCAUGGUUGCUGAUUUUGGGUUGGCGAAGCUAUCGUUAGACAACUACACUCAUGUAUCGACUCGAGUUAUGGGAACUUUCGGGUAUUUAGCUCCAGAGUAUGCAUCGAGUGGAAAGCUAACUGAGAAAUCCGAUGUCUUUUCGUUCGGAGUGAUGCUUCUUGAGUUGAUUACCGGGAGACGGCCGGUUGAUAGCUCACAGAUGGAAGAUAGUUUGGUCGAUUGGGCUCGACCUAUUCUCUCUCAAGGUCUGGCUGAUGGAAACUACGAUGUGUUAGUUGAUCCUCGCCUAGAAGGUAACUAUAACCCGUUCGAGAUGGCACGCAUGGUAGCAUCUGCGGCUGCUUGUAUUCGCCAUUCUGCGAAGAAACGGCCUAGAAUGAGUCAGAUUGUUAGAGCUCUAGAAGGUGAUCUAUUGAAUGAAGACUUUGGUGAGGGAGGGAGGCUUGGACCCAACAUGCUCUUCAGCUCAAGCUCCGAUUAUGACUCGAGCUCCUACACGACUCCGAAGACCAACCGAGUUAAGAGAGUCAUAGUAGCCAGUUCUGAGUAUAGCAGCGAGUGCAGUGGACCGAUCAGGGAACACGAGGGUCAUCGAUCUGCGUCGAGCAUGGACUCUCUUCCGAGUCAGAACCCCAAAGAAGUAUAGCUCUUUGAGGCAAGCUAGUCAAUUCGGAACCUAGUCGAGGUUAAUGUUGGUAGAGGAAAGGUCUUUUUCUUGUUUAAAUUUUGAUUGUAUAGCUCAUUCAUUUGAUCUCUCAGCUUUGUAGCACAAGU